AUGGGUGUGAAGCUGCUGGAGUCCCGACUUUGUCUCCUGCUGCUGCUGGUACUUGUCAUUGUGGUGGCCUCACUCCAGAUCCCACCGAAUUUAACCCCGUCCCAGUGGUUUGAAAUCCAGCAUGUAAAUAAUAAUCCCAACCUCCGAUGUAAUGCUGCAAUGCGGGUAGUUAAUGGUUACACAAGACGAUGCAAGGACAAAAAUGCUUUUCUUCAUACACGUUUCGCUGCUGUUGUUGGUGUGUGUGGCAGUGUAAAUGUUACCUGCAGCAACAGGACAAAUACAAAUUGUCAUAACAGUUCUGCUCGAGUACCUUUAACUUAUUGUAACCUCACAACUCCAGGAAGCCCUUAUACACAAUGCCAAUACCAAACGACACGAGCAACCAUGUUCUACAGAGUUGCUUGUAACAUUAGUACCCCACAAGACAAUGGCUCCUAUCCAAUUGUUCCCGUCCACUUGGAUGGGAUAUUUUAG